CAAUAAUGGUGCUCAACUUGGUUCUCCUGCGAGAGCUCUUGGCAUCUUCAAUCCUCUUCUUCAUCACUAGCUACUUCAUCCAACGUAUCAUCUCCAAGCCCCAACGGCCACUCCCACCAGGCCCAAAAGGUUGGCCACUCAUUGGUGCUUUGCCACUGCUCGGCAAAAUGCCUCAUGUGGCUUUAUUUGAGUUGGCCCAAAAGUAUGGGUCAGUCAUGUACCUCAAGAUGGGUACGUGCGGCAUGGUUGUGGCGUCUACGCCCGAUGCCGCAUGUGUCUUUCUCAAGACACUUGACUUGAACUUCUCAAAUAGGCCACCCAACACCGGCGCCACCCAUCUUGCGUAUGAUGCGCAAGAUAUGGUGUUUGCUGAUUAUGGGCCUCGUUGGAAGUUACUUCGGAAGCUGAGCAACUUUCAUAUGCUUGGUGGUAAGGCCUUGGAAGACUUGGCCCAUGUCCGUACCGUUGGGCUCGGCCACAUGAUACGAGCCAUGCGUGAAUCGAAUCACCGGGGAGAGCCCGUGGUGGUGCCGGAGAUGUUGACAUAUGCGAUGGCGAAUAUGAUUGGGAAGAUCAUACUGAGUCGCCGAGUUUUUGAAAUAAAUGGGGAGGAAUCAAACGAGUUCAAGGAUAUGGUGGUUGAGUUGAUGACAUCGGCUGGGUUAUUCAAUAUCGGCAAUUUUAUUCGGUCCAUUGCGUGGAUGGAUUUACAAGGGAUUGAAGGAAGAAUGAAGAAGUUGCACAAGAAAUGGGACUCUCUCAUUACAAAGAUGAUUAAGGAGCACGAAGCGUCGGCUCAAGAGCGAAAAGGGAAGCCAGAUUUUCUUGAUGUUGUCUUCGCCAACCAGGGGAACUCGGAAGGCGAGAGGCUUUCUGAUAUCAACAUUAAGGCCCUACUCCUGAACCUGUUCUCAGCUGGAACCGAUACAUCAUCCAGCAUAAUCGAAUGGGCAUUAACAGAGAUGAUGAAAAACCCAACAAUCUUCCAAAAAGCACAUGCAGAAAUGGACGAAGCGAUUGGUCGAAACCGCCGGCUUCAAGAAUCUGAUAUCCAAAAGCUUCCAUACCUCCAAGCCAUUUGCAAGGAGACCUUCAGAAAACACCCAUCAACACCAUUAAACCUCCCUCGAAUCUCUACUGAAGCUUGUGAGGUGAACGGCUAUUACAUACCUAAGAACACAAGGUUAAGUGUCAACAUAUGGGGAAUAGGGAGAGACCCAAAUGUGCGGGAGAAUCCAAUUGAUUUCACACCAGAGAGGUUCUUGAGUGGAAGGAAUGCUAAGAUUGAUCCUCGUGGGAAUGAUUUCGAAUUAAUUCCAUUUGGGGCUGGGAGAAGGAUCUGUGCAGGGACAAGAAUGGGGAUUGUGUUGGUGGAGUAUAUAUUAGGAACACAUAUACAUUCUUUUGAUUGGAAGAUUCCUAUGGGUACUGAGAUCAAGAUGGAUGAAGCAUUUGGGAUUGUUUUACAGAAGGCUGUGCCUCUGUCAGCCAUGGUGAUACCAAGAUUGGCACCCAAUGCUUACACAGCUUGAUAUGGGUUUUUUUAAGUGGUAG